AUGCACAAUUUUAAUGAGGCAUCAAAAUCUCAAAAAGAUAAGAUAAAUGUGGAUCCUACAGAAGACAUAUCAUUUCUUAAAAAUUAUGAUCUUAAUGAUCUAAAAGUAUGCAAUGAAGAUUUUAAAAAUAAAACCAGUAAUAUGGAAAUACAGAAACCUAAAAAACACUUUUUUAUACUUUCAAGAGCAGGAAAACUUAUAUACUCUAAAUACGGAGAUGAGAUAAUAAUAUCAGAAUAUAUGGGAAUUAUACAAACAAUUAUAAAUCUUUUUUAUAAAAAAGAAGAUAAUCUUAAAAGCUUUAGAUCAAAUAAUUUAACAGUGGUUGUUUUAUCAGAAGGUCCAUUAUACCUAGUAGGUAUUUCAAAGCUCCAAGAAUCAGAAAUUCAGAUUAAAGCGCAACUAAAUAUACUAUAUACUCAAAUAGCAAUAGUACUUACACUAAACAAAUUAUUAAAUAUUUUUAAUCAUAAAGAAAAUUUUGACCUAAGAAGACUUUUAGGAAACACAGAAAUAUUUCUCGAUGCACUUUCAGAUAUGAUUGUUGAAGGAGAACCUUCUGUUCUGCUUAACGGAUUGCAAUGCUUACGGUUAAAAAAGACUGUUAGAGAAAAAAUAGAUUCUAUCCUAAUUAAGACAAGAGCAAAAAAAUUAUUAUGUGGAAUAAUUGCAUCAAAUCUAUGUAUAGUUAGUAUCAUAAAACCACAAAACCAAUUAUUUUUAUUGUUUUCUAUGAUUUUUAAUACUACUUCAUUUAAAGAUGAAACAGAGCAUUGGAUACCAUUAUGUUUUCCUAAAUUCGAUCCUAAAGGAUUUACAUAUUGUUAUAUAACUUUCAUAUGUGAUUCGACUGCACUUAUAUUAAUUUCAACAGAUAAGGAUGCUUUUUUUGAAAUGAGGGAAAUGAAACAAAAUAUUAUUAAUGAUUUUAAAAUUCAUGGUAUUUUGGAUAUAAUAAAAUUUGCAGCAGAAACAUCAUAUACAACACUUGAUACUAAUACUCCUUGUAUCUAUCAUUUUAUCUACAAAUCAAAAAUGGAUACUCAAUUUACUAUGCCACAAUGGAAAACAUCUGAAAAAAAUCUUCAAAAAAAAAAAAUGGCUCAUUUAUGA